UGAAAAGUCUUGUUCUUGUUAUCCCCCCCCCCCCAGGAUUGCCUCCCGCAACCCUCCCUAUCUUUCGUGCCUUCGUGACCCUGCUGACAAUGGAUUUGUUUGCCAUCAAUAUUGCUACCACCGCAUACUAUGCCAGGAUUAUCCACCCUGCCCUUCUUCAAGGAAUGUUUGAUGCUUGAUCCCUGUCAGUUUCACGAGACUCUUGAUUGCUUCGUGUUUUUUUUUUUUUUUUCCCUCCAUUCUCUUUCUCUCAGUCUCAUUCUCUCGCAUUUGUUUUCUCUCACUCUGUCUCCUCUUACACGCCAUUACCUUCUCGAGGACUUCAUUAUUGCCGCCAAUCUAUCGGCUGCAAACCAUCCUGGAGCUUCUGUAAAUUGCCCACAACAAGUUCCUGCGUAAUAUUUUCUCGAACCCUUUUUUUUUUUGCCACCUUCAUGCUAUUUGCUGUUAGUUGCUAUCCAUAUUCCUUUUUUUUUUCGAGCCCGGUUUCCUGUGUGUGAACAGAAG